CAUCCCUACCGCCACGCCGCCGCAGAGGCCAUACACACGCCUGGAAAUCCCGUUUCUUCUCUCAGUACUACCCGACUUCCUUUGUCCUUAACUCGACGCGGCCAUGAAGGUGUUCUAUAUGGGGAUAUUCCGCUAUCAGAGCGACAAACCGCUCGAGUUGUGCCAUGAAACGGAUCUUACUCACAUCAGAUUUUACAAAGACAAAGUCGCCGCUCUUCUUACGGUCGCAGCACUGGAGGCGGCCAAACGAACGGAAGUCGGUGCCCAACUAAAAAUUAAGGAGGAAGGCCGCGUCAUACAUGUCCGUGGGUAUGAAUCGAACAUUUGCGGUGUUCUUAUAUCGGACGAAGAAUAUCCUCUCCGCAUCGCUCAAACACUUCUGGGCCGAAUAUGCUCCGCUUUCGCGACGAGAUAUCCCGCUUCGGCUAUUUCCGAUGCACAGCAGCCGAACUCAAUGCCUCUCCCCGAGUUGAAAGACUACAUUGUAAAAGCUCAAGAUCCCAGCAAAGCGGACCCGAUCUUUCAAUUGGAACAGACACUGGACGAGACCAAAGUCAUCCUAUACAACACCUUUGAUAGUCUGCUCGAGCGCGGGGAGAAGCUUGACAGCUUGAUUGCGAAGAGUGACAUGCUGAGUGCACAGAGCAAGAUGUUUUAUACCCAGGCAAAGAAGCAAAACUCCUGCUGCGUGGUUAUGUGA